AUGAGCUCUCUGUGCUUCCUCUCUCUCUCUCUUCUUUCUGUGUCCCACUCCUUUAUUCUCUCUAACCAAUCUCUUUUUACUCUCUUUACUCUUCACUUCACUCACUCUUUACUUCUCUCUUUCUCUCCUUACUCUUCACUUCUCUCUUUAUUUCCACCUCACUGUUUCUCCUUACUCUUCACUUCACUCACUGACUCUUCACUACAGUCUCUCUCUAUUCUUCAAUUCAUUCACACUUCACUUAACUCUUUCUCACCUUACUCUUCACUCACUUACUCUUCAUCCCCUUCUAUUCUUCAAUUCAUUCACUCUUCACUUAACUCUUUCUGUCCUUAUUCUCUUACACUUCACUCCCUCCCUACUCUUCACUUCUCUCACACUCAACUUCUUUCUCUCACUCACUCUUCAUUCACUCACUCUUUACUUCAGUCUCUAAUCUUCACUUCAUUUACUCUUCACUUCACUCGUUCUCUCUCUCUUUUCACUACCCCUCUUUUUACUUACUCUUCAUUUCACCCCUCUCCGUACUCUUCGCUUCACUCUCUCUCACCAUACUCCGUCUGCAUUUCACCAUCUCUCUCCUUAAUCUUCAUUUCCCUCUCUCUCCCUCUCCUUAUUCUUCUCUUCAUUUCUCUCCUCUCUUACUUUCUCUAA